GCUCAUCAUCAACUAUUUUAUAUAUGAGAAGUUGAAAAGAAAAGGGCAACUCAUUUCUGAGACGACAACAACGGUAAGCACCAACAUCCAGCGAUUAAUAUGUUCUUUUAUCUACUCUCCGAAUCAAGGCAAGGCGAAGACACUGAGGUGCGGACGAUCAAGCUUAUCAAAAUCCAUCUCCUUGAUAAGUCGUAUUUUUGAGCUUGGCGAGUCAGUUUAAAUACAGCUCACAGUCGGAAGUGUUAGAUUGGUACGAAAGAAAAAAGUGUGCCGGCGGUGAAUCAAUCCAGAAUCAGAUAUGGCGCCAGGCACGAUCCGUAAGGCGAUUGGGGUGGUUAAGGACCAGACCAGUAUUGGGAUAGCGAAGGUGGCGAGCAACAUGGCGCCGGAGCUCGAGGUCGCGAUCGUGAAAGCGACGAGUCACGUCGAUGACCCUGCCAGCGAGAAGUACGUACGCGAGAUCUUGAGCUUAAUAUCUUACUCUCAAGGCUAUGUUCAUGCGUGCGUAUCCUCCGUGUCCAAGCGUUUAGCGAAGACCCGGGAUUGGAUUGUCGCUCUCAAGGUCCUCAUGCUCCUGCACAGGUUGAUGAAGGAGGGACCCCCUUUGUUUCACGAAGAAAUCUUGUACGCGACCAGGAGGGGAACCAGGCUGUUAAACAUGUCUGAUUUUAGGGACGAGGCUCGCUCCAGCUCCUGGGAUCAUUCGACUUUCGUGAGGACUUACGCUAUGUAUCUCGAUCAACUCCUCGAAUUUAUGCUGUUCGAGAAGAAAAGUGAGGGUGCUAGGGGCAAGGAAAAUAGUUUCAGGUUUCCACCACGACGGCCAUAUGUAUAUGAGUAUGACUAUGGCAGAAGGGGAAUGAGACGGACCCGAUCUUUUGGUGACGUGAAUGAAACAGGGGGUCGAGAAGGUAGAGAGGAGAAGAGGGCUAUGACACCAUUGAGGGAAAUGAAGCCUGAAAGGAUUUUUAGGAAGAUGGGUCAUCUCCAGCGGCUUCUAGAUCGUUUCCUAGCUUGUAGGCCAAGGGGAUUGGCAAAGAAUAGUAGGAUGAUUUUGAUUGCGUUGUAUUCUGCUGUUAAGGACAGUUUCAAGCUGUAUGCUGAUAUUCGUGAGGUUUUGGCUGUGUUGCUUGACAAAUGUUUUGAUAUGGAAUACCCAGAUUGUGUUAAGGUGUUUGAUGCUUAUGCCAGUUCGGCAAAUCAAGUCGAUGAGCUCGUUGACUUCUACAAUUGGUGCAAGAAUACUGGUGUGGCUAGAUUAUCAGAGUACCCAGAAGUUGAGAGAAUUAAUAGUGAGUUAUUGAAGACGCUGGAGGAGUAUUUGAGGGACCGAGCAAAGAGACCAGAAAGUCCAGAGAAGAACAAAGAACCUCCGGCAGUGGCCAAAGAGGAAGAGGCGGUACCGGAUAUGAGUGAAAUUAAAGAACAGCCACCACCUGAAAAUUACUCCCCACCUCCAUCACCACCACCACCUGAGCCAGAACCUAAGCCACAGCCACAAGUUACAGAGGACUUGGUAAAUCUAAGAGACGACGUAGUCACUGCAGAUGAUCAGGGUAAGAAAUUGGCUCUGGCAUUGUUUGCUGCCUCACCAACAAAUAACGCAAAUGGAGAGCCUGAAGUAAGUUCUGCUUGGCAAACCCCAGCUGCUGAACCUGGGAAGGCCGAUUGGGAAUUGGAAUUGGCACAGACUGCUAGUAAUUUAUCGAGGCAAAAAGCAACUUUAGGUGGUGGGUUUGAUCCACUGUUGUUGAAUGGCAUGUACGACCAAGCAUUGGUAAGGCAGCAUGUAAAGACUACCACACUGAGUGGAGGGAGUGAAAGCAGUGUGGUAUGGCAAAGGCCAGGGAGAAACACAAGUCCUGUUCUCGCACUGCCUGCCCCAGAUGGAUCUGUGCAGAAACUGAAUCAGGACCCUUUUUCUGCAUCGUUGAGCUUUCCACCCCCUUCAUAUGUACAAAUGGCUGAUAUGGAGAAGCACCAGCAAUUUCUUGUGCAGGAGCAGCAACUAUGGCAGCAAUAUUCAAGCCAGCUUGGCCAAAAUUAGUGGUCUUAAGGAUUACUAUCCUAGAGGUCCUGUGCCAAUUAAAAUGACCCCUCACUUCCACUGGGUAUUCCCUGUGCUUACCGAAUGCUGACCCCCCCCCUUCUUUCCAUCAAAUAUCUACUGUUGAUUUUCUUGAAUUUUUUCCCCAUGAUUUGGUGUUUUUCCUUGUGUUAUACUUGAUGCUACCUCAUUCCUGAGAUUUGUUCCUUGCAAGUAUAUAUCGUGGGAAUGUUUGGGAGACUGAGCUUAAGAGGUGAAUUAUUGCUUGGGUCUUGAGGGUCGGAGAUGUAUAGUUCAGUUCUCAUGUCUAUGUUUUGUAAUAGUAAAGCUUUCUUCUGCAUACUGUAUACACUGUUUCUUGCUCUUCGAUAAUAUCUAACUACCCCACA